AUGACUAGCCAAAUCCUCCAGAUCACCAGCCAGCAGAACGGGGUCAUACGCAUGAGUCCGGACGAGAAGGAGUUCGCCAGCGUGCAUGAAAUUCCAAGCGAGUGCAUCAGGGCAGGACAGCUGAAUAUGCUGCUCCGGUCCUUGUUCCCGGCGGGUGGAUAUAACGUCGAUGUGGACCAGGAUGUCUACAAAAUCCGUACCCCAGGGCCCAUCCCUCAGCUCAAGAUCCCAAAUUUUAGAAAAUGGUGA